AAUUGUCAAAUAUUUCACCCUUAUUCUCUUCUCAUUUAUUAAUUUGUGGGAUGUAUUUUUUUCUUUUCUUUUUGUUUGUUUUGACCUAAAUGGGAAAAAAUUUACUGUCAAUUUAAACCCUUUUCUUAAUUUUUCAUCUCAAUUUGAUAACCUUUUGCUUUUGAUUUCUCUCCUUUUUGGUUGAUUGUAUUGGUGAGAUGAUGUUAGGCUGUUAGUGCUAAUGGGUUUAAUCUAUUUUAUUGUUUCGUGUGGGUUUGGAUGACUUUGGAUAUUGGAUUGUGCCUGUGUGGUUGCCGAGAAAUGGUUCGGGUAAGGUGCUUUGUAGAGUUUUUGGGUAUGUUUGGCUGCUGAGAAAUGGGUCUUGGAACUUGUUUGCAUGGUGGGCGUGGCUUUGAACGGGUUUUUGGCGAAUUUUGUUUUUGAUUUCUUUCCUUUAUGUUCUACCGUAUGGGUAAGAUGAUGUCAGUUUCUAUGAUUUGAAUAUAUUUUAUCACUUUGUGGUGUUGGAUGAGUUGGGGGUGUCAGGCUAUGGUCUGUUUGGUUGCUAUGAAAUGAGUCGGGGAAGUUGGUUUUAUAGGUGGUGGGUGUUUUGAGUCAGUUUUGGGUGUGUUUGGCAGCUCAGAAAUGGCUAUGGAAACUUGUUUGCUUGCGCAAUAGGAGUAGUUUUUUUUGUCCUUUUCUAUUGUUUCAGUGUGUUAGUGAGAUGAUCUCAGUGGUGAUGAUUUUAAUCUAUAUUGUUUAUUUGUAUUGUUUUAGAGGAGUUUGGAUGUUGGAUUGCGUGCUGUUUGGUUCCUGAGAAAUGAUUGGGGAAGGGUUUUAUUUAUUUAUUUAUUAUUAUUUUUAUUUUUUUAGUUUUACAUUUUUCAUUUAGUAUGAGUUCUGACCAAGUUUGCAUAUGUUUCUUGCCAAGAAAUGGCUCUAGGAAGUUGUUUGCAUGGUUAGUGUAAUUUUGAAUGAGUUUGGCUGUGUUUGAUUGCUGAGAAAUGAGUAUAGGAAGUUGUUUGCUUGCAAGUUGGUGUGGUUUUGAAUCAGUUUGAGGGAAUUUAUUUUCUUUAACAACAUUUGCAGAUGAAAAUGGGAAACUUUAAUGAAAUUUGGAAAAUAAAAGGUGACACUUUAACUACAUCUGGAAAUGGAAUUGGGAGAAAUAAUAAUUUUGAUAGUUCUAGGAGGGAUUCUGUUUAAAAAUAAAUGUACAUUUUAGGGAACACAAUUGUGAAUUGUUUUCUGCGAAGUUUUUUGUUAUGAUGGUAGUUGGAACUUGCCACCAUUAUGCUAAUCAUAAUUCAUGGGAGAAAGAUUACGGUUAGUUGGAUUCUUGGAAAACACAGAGAAAGGGGAAAAAAUAGGAACAUAUAUCAAAUUCUCGGAAAAUGAAAUACAACAAAAAUUAUUUGAGGACUUCUGCAUUUUUUCAAAUACUUCAUUUUUCAUUUAAAAUGCUAAUAAAGUUGGAGAAAUACUGAAAAAAGAAAUUUAUUGAGUUCAAACUUGUUUUAGUUUUAUUUUUCUUUCCCAUUUACCUCCAACUUCCCUUUCCCACUUGCAAUUUCUGAUGUCCAAAUAAAGCCAUAAAAAUUAAAAAGGAGGAAAUUAUGAGAGAAUGUUGCAUAUAGAUGUAGCUUUGCUUGUUUGUAUUUUUUUCCCCUUUAGGCAAAACUGGGGCAAAAUCAUGAGUAAUGAAUGGGUAUUAUAAAAUUUCUUGUGAAGAGAUUUCAGGGUUUAUUAUUUUAUUUUAUAAAUUUUUUAAGACAUAUUUUGGGAUGUUUUACACUCAAUCAGCCUCUGUUUUCUUUAUUUUUCUGGAGGUAGAUCUUUCCAUCAUAGUCCUAAACCUCUUUUUAAGAUUAAAGCUUGACCUAAACACCCGAAAGCCUAUAGUAUUUGCAAUCCUCAAAAUUGUUUAUCCAAAAUACAGGUUUUGUUUCAUAAGGUUUUUGAAAUUAGUUCUCAAAAUUAGUUUUUGAUGAAUAAAAUUAGUUUUUAGGAACAAAAUUUUGUUUGGGAAUUCAAAUAUAAAAAACAAUUUUCCGGGUCUAUUCCCUGUGAAGAUAUUUUGCAAUUAUAGACAACACAAAAGCUCUCAGCUUAUUCUCCAUAUUUCUAAUUGAUACUAAGAAGUGAGAACACUCUGUAAAAAAAUCUGAAAGCACCUCAAACUUGUUAUUAAAAAUCACCUUGUUUUCAAAACAAAUUUUCAAAAAAUUGUUUUAAUAUGAACUUUGUCAAAUGUGCUUUUGAUGUUAGAAAGCCAUUUUAUUUUAAAGAACAGAAAACUAUUUUUAAAAACAGUUUCCGAAUAGUUCCUUAGCUAAUUAUUGUCUCUCAACUGUGCCUUUUUCUAUCUAUAUUUCAUUAGUAAACCCUGAAAUUAUUUUUCUUGCUGCACGAACUAAUUAUCGUAACCUUUUCUAAACAAUGGCCCACUAAUAGAGAGAUUCUGGAGAACAAAUUCAAGGUUUAAUUGCUGUAUUGCUUCUACAUUUGGUUCUGAUGUGUUGGUAAGAUAUAUGAGAACAUCUCUUCUAAAUCAUUGGCACUCAUAGAACUCCUUAUCCUUCUAAUGUACUUUUUAUCCAUAAUUAAAACAUCUGUCCAUUCUAAUAAAAAAAAAGUUAUUGGCACUCAUCAUUAUUGCCAACUAUUUGAAUAUUGAAGGUUUUUGUCCGUAUUUGCAUAAGAAGGUUUUUUUUCCCACACCCUUAUUAUCCUGAAACUUUGGCACAAAAUUUAUCACUAAAUAUUCUUAAAUAACUGUGGGAGUAUCAUUAAUUGUGUAUCUGUACAUUGAUCUAUCUUAGUUGGAAUUUGGUUCAACUAUUGUUGGAAAACUGGAACUUCCCAUAACAGCACUAUGUCAUUGCCUGAACUAAAGCAAUCAACUGCAUCUGUAUUUUCACUUUUCCUUGGAUAUCCUAAAUGUAAUGCUUUCUUCCCUUUUAUUUGCAUGUCUUUUUUUGGGGGGUAGUGUAAUAUAAUAUACUUGUAAUAACAAAUUUGUAGUGUCAGGUUAGUUGAAUAUUUUUCUUGCACUAAGUUAAUGAUAAUAAUAAUUUCUUUUUCCUCUGACUAAAGCAAUUUUCAUUUGUGCAGUCAAGACAGUAUAUAUAAUCUAUUAUACUCUCAAAUAGUUGUCACUUGAAAGGGUUCCAUGGCAGGUAAUAGCCUGCCAUCUCUGGGUCGUGUGAAACUCUGCGAUCUGAUUGCUUGUGAAGGCCUUCCUUCUGAUUCUUAUAAGUUAUCUGUGUCCACUUUGUCACAAUCACUAGCUCAGUAUUCUGCUGCUAUCAUUCAAUUUCCUUCAAGUGAUGGAGCCCUUCUAAGGUCUGGUUUGGAUUCUGCUCACCUCUACUUCCAUCAAAGAGCAUCUUACCCAGCUGCAGAUAUGAUCCAUAACAAUGAAUCUCGUGAGUGGUGCAAGACCUCUGGUUAUUAUGCAGAUCCGCAACAGUGGCAAGAAACCUAUGAUUUCAGACCAGGCUUAACUCCUCCAGAAUCAAAUAGUGGUUUGGAAUUCCCUCCAGCUGGUUUGCCAGAUAUAUUUUCUCUGCUUGGCAAAGCAGCUCGGGAUAUUCUGGAUGCUAUCAGCUUCUAUUUGAACUUGCGUAGCUCGCCUUUUACUGAAAUACUCGAUAAUGUUCCCUUGAGAAGUCGUGAAAUAUCAUCUUCUGUACUGUCUGUUUGCUGUUAUGGAAGGCCAUCCUUUCAGGGACCACAACAUCAUAAUUUAACUACCCAAGAGGAUGGCCAAUUAGUUAUGUUUUCUGAUCAUGAGCACCAAGUUGAUAAAAGCCUGAUAACACUUGUCAAGUCAGAUAAAGCAGGCUUACAUGUAAGAGACUUUCAUGGUCGUUGGGUUCUUGUGGAUGGGGAUCUUGGUCCCCAAGAAGCCAUUGUUUAUCCUGGACUUGCACUCUACCAGGCAACUGCUGGCUAUGUUGGCCCUGCACUACACCGAACAGAGAUUAGUAAUAUGCAGGGUAAUAUGUAUGGACGAUGCUCUCUAGCUUUCAAACUCAUGCCCAAAUCCAUGACCAGUCUCAAUUGUUCGGAGAUGAGGGCAGCUGGUCAUGGGGUUGAAGCUCAGUUUCAGCUUCCAGUACCAGUGGAUGACUUUAUGCAGAGAUCCCACCCCACUGAGCAACUUUUUAACAGAAACAAUUUCCCAAGUUUCAAUUUUCCUACAGCCCAAGAUGGAUCUAUGAAGCCCUUGAUGAGGAGGAGGAAGAAUAAUUCUAGAUGCAAACCUCUCCCACCUUCCAAGAGGUUACGACUAGAGGCACAAAGAGUUCUCAAGGAGAGAGUUCAAGAUAUUGCAGAUAAGAAGGGCAUCAAGUUGAGGUUCUGUAAUCUGAAGGAAUGUGAGAGUCACAUCCAUACACUUGACAGUCCUUGUGCCAAUACAAGAAUGGAGAUCGGGUGGCCACCAGGGGUUCCAUUUGUUCAUCCUCAUGAUCUACCAAACAAGGCAAAGAUUGGUUUUCUUGAAGCAUAUGAACCUGGUUGGACAGCCACUCAUGAUAUGGAGUUAAGUCUAAUAGAACCUGGACAGGCCAGUCAACACUCGGCUAACUGUAACUGAAUCAAUCUCCAUAACUUCUGAUGUGUGGCCACCCUUGAUCAGCUUGUGAUUAUUUGUAGCUGCUUGAUUCUCUCUCACCAUGGUUCUGAGACAUUGUCAUCCUCAACUGGAUAUCUUAUAUUCCUCAUCCUGGACUAGUUGGUGUGCCAUACUCUUGAGUUUGUCCUUCAUUCUCAGCUGACCUUACAGGGAAUCAUGACCCAGUAAUAGAUUGCUUGUAUUUAGAUGAUUUUGAGGGAACUUGGAUUAGUUUCUUGCAGUUUCCUCCGAACUAAUUGUGUUACAGAAUCACCAGGGAAGACUUACUUGUGGCUGACCUUUAUAAAUCCUCUGAAGUUUUGUACUAUGAGCUACACCACUCACCAACUCUGUUUGAAAGAGAGAACGGGAAUUGUUUGGAGAUCCUCACCUACUUGAGACACAUUAGUACAGGUUUUUGUUGCAAUGUUUUCUGCUUCGAUUGUCCCAACUGCUAUUUAUGGAGAAUGUGAGCUUACGGACUAAUAAGGGUUCGCAAUGUUUCCUAGUUGUACAAAUUUACCAGUACCGAUCUCUUUUGUUGGAUUGGUGACUAUCCGAUAUUUAAAUAUGAGAUGUGCUGUUUCUGAUGGUCGCACUUCCAUCAUGGUGUUUUUUCUUGGAUUUUCAUUAUUACUGUUUCUGACUGAUUUCUGUAUGAUGAUCCAUGGGAUUUUGAUAAUAAGCAAGUUUUACUACCUAUUCUGUUUCUCA